ACCCUACCUUUUGUUACCGAGUUCCACCUCCCGGGACUUGAGAGGUUCCAGAACGCUUCGGAGUUGGCGAGUUCCCGUUACUGGGACUUAGACUACGUGGAAUGAAUGAAUGAGUAGCUGCUGCCACUUUCAGCCUGACCAGGGCCUUUCUCCCGCCUUGUACAUUUUUCCCUCCCCCUCUUUGGAAACGUGUUGGAUGGUCUUGGAUCAGUCAGGACUCAUUGGCAGUUUCACAUUCAAGUGUCUCCACUCGCUGGUUAUUAAAACAUUAAGUGCCUAAUUUAUGUCACCUGGUCCUCCCAAGUACGUCGGCAUCAUGUGGAUCCAGGUUCGAACUAUGGAUGGGAAGGAGACCCACACCGUGAACUCUCUGUCCAGAUUGACCAAGGUGCAGGAGCUGAGGAAAAAGAUUGAGGAACUGUUUCACGUGGAACCCCAACUGCAGAGACUGUUUUAUAGGGGCAAACAGAUGGAGGAUGGUCACACACUCUUCGAUUAUGAUGUGCGCCUCAAUGACACAAUCCAGCUGCUUGUGCGUCAGAGUCUGGCACUGCCUCUCAGUACGAAGGAACGGGACUCGGAGCUUUCUGACUCUGACUCUGGCUAUGGUGUGGGUCACAGUGAAUCAGACAAGUCGUCCACGCACGGUGAAGGGGCAGCUGAAGGAGAUGACAAGACUAUGUGGGAGGACACGGACCUGGGGCUAUACAAGGUUGACGAGUAUGUGGAUGUGCGUGACAAUACCUUUGGUGCAUGGUUUGAGGCCCAGGUGGUCCAGGUACAGAAGAGAGCCGUGUCUGAGGAAGAGCCCUGUAGCUCCAGUGCCGUUAUGACCUUAGAGGAUGACAUCAUGUACCACGUCAAGUAUGACGACUAUCCAGAGCAUGGAGUGGAUAUUGUCAAAGCCAAGAAUGUCCGUGCUCGUGCUCGCACCGUGGUCCCCUGGGAGGACCUGGAGGUGGGUCAGGUGGUUAUGGCCAACUACAACGUGGACUACCCCAGGAAACGUGGCUUCUGGUAUGAUGUUGAGAUCUGUAGGAAGCGCCAAACCAGGACGGCACGUGAACUAUAUGGCAACAUCAUGCUCUUGAAUGAUUCUCAGCUCAACAACUGUCGGAUCAUAUUUGUGGAUGAAGUCUUGAAGAUUGAGCUCCCUAACGAGAGGAGCCCCUUGAUCGGUAGCCCCUCGCAACCCCCUCCUCCCCUCCGGAACACAGGGAAGAGCGGCCCAUCCUGCCAGUACUGCAAGGAUGAUGAAAACAAACCAUGUCGCAAGUGCGCCUGCCACGUGUGUGGUGGGCGUGAGGCUCCUGAGAAACAGGUGUUGUGUGAUGAGUGUGACAUGGCCUUCCACCUGUACUGUCUGCAGCCACAGCUCACCUGUGUGCCUCCUGAGCCGGAGUGGUACUGCCCCAGCUGUCGGACUGACUCCAGUGAGGUGGUACAAGCAGGAGAGAAGCUGAAGAAAAGCAAGAAGAAGGCAAAGAUGGCAUCAGCCACUUCCUCCUCCCGGCGGGACUGGGGCAAGGGCAUGGCAUGUGUGGGCCGCACCAGAGAGUGUACCAUUGUGCCUGCCAACCACUUCGGGCCCAUCCCUGGUGUCCCUGUGGGUACCAUGUGGCGCUUCAGAGUCCAGGUCAGUGAGUCUGGUGUGCAUCGGCCUCAUGUGGCAGGCAUCCAUGGCCGGAGCAAUGACGGUGCCUACUCAUUAGUGCUGGCUGGCGGCUAUGAGGAUGAUGUGGACAAUGGCAAUUUCUUCACAUACACAGGGAGUGGCGGCCGAGACCUCUCUGGCAACAAGCGAACAGCAGGACAGUCCUCCGACCAGAAGCUCACUAAUAAUAAUAGGGCUUUGGCGCUCAAUUGCCACUCCCCAAUCAAUGAGGAAGGUGCGGAGGCUGAAGACUGGCGCCAGGGGAAGCCAGUGCGUGUGGUCCGAAACAUGAAGGGUGGGAAACAUAGCAAGUAUGCACCUGCAGAGGGCAACCGCUAUGAUGGCAUCUAUAAGGUGGUUAAGUAUUGGCCAGAGAAAGGGAAAUCUGGCUUCCUCGUAUGGCGCUAUCUCCUUCGACGAGAUGACACAGAGCCCGAGCCCUGGACCCGGGAGGGCAAGGACCGGACUCGGCAGCUGGGACUCACUAUGCAGUACCCUGAAGGCUACUUGGAGGCCUUGGCUAACAAGGAGAAGAACAGGAAUCGCCUAGCCAAGGCCUUGGAGCAGGGACCCUCAUCUUCCAAGACAGGCAAAAGCAAGCGGAAGUCCACAGGCCCAGCUACCUCCAGCCCCCGUGUCUCUAAGAAGAGCAAGCUGGAGCCCUACACACUACCAGUGCAGCAGGCCAACCUCAUCAAAGAGGACAAGGGCAAUGCCAAGCUGUGGGAUGAUGUGCUAAGUUCACUUCAGGAUGGGCCGUACCAGGUCUUCCUGAGCAAGGUGAAAGAGGCAUUCCAGUGCAUCUGCUGCCAGGAGCUGGUGUUCCGGCCAGUCACCACUGUGUGUCAGCACAACGUUUGUAAGGAUUGUCUGGACAGGUCCUUUCGGGCCCAGGUGUUCAGCUGCCCAGCCUGUCGCUACGAGCUGGACCAUAGCUCCCCAACCAGGGUGAACCAGCCCUUGCAGACCAUUCUCAACCAGCUCUUCCCUGGCUAUGGCAGCGGCCGGUGAUGCCAAGACUCAGGCAGACGGCCCGUGGUUCCAAGUUCAUAGUGGGUGUAGUUUGAAGUUGUUGUCCUUUCCAUGUCUGUCCCUGGAAACUCUUCUGCUCUGGUCACCAGUUAACCAGGCACCUAUAGGAAUCCCAUAUUCUGGCUACCAGUUGGACUUGUGUUUUUUAUUCUUCUUUCUCUUUCUCCUCUUUUUCUCUUUCUCCCUCCCUUCCUUUCUCUCUUUCUCUCUUUUCUUUGAAUAACUAAGCCUGCAAUUAAUUCUCCAAAAGAAGAAGAAAUUUUUUUUUUUUGAGAUGGGUUUAGAAACAGUUGAGUCCCAUACCAGACCUCAUUGUCGUGUUGGCAGGAGUUCUCUCCCUACACCAGCUGCCUAGAACCAUCUGCAACCAUAUUUGAAAAGCCUAGACACAUCUUCCUGGCAGCUCUCUGUGUGCUUCAUUCCAGGGGUGGCCCCUGCAACCACUCCUCAGGCCUUCAUAGGAGACCUGGACGGGGGCCAUGGACCAGCUGAGCUAAAGCUGCAUGUGCCUCCGGCUUGCCACUUCUUCACUGCCCUCAGCACCUUGGAAGCCUGGAGUGUGCACUGGCUGAGUGUCAUGGAAGGCUGAGAUGUGUUAGCAGUUCCAUCUUGUUUUUAACUCAGCAACUGAGAAUUCCAAGGGUUUCUGUAUUAUGGUUUUUAUUUUUAUUUUUUUAAGCGAGAUAAAUGGUUUCCUCAAUGAAUUUCUUUUGUAUUUACAGCCUAUACUGAGGAAGUGUUUUCCUUGGUUGGCUUUUGUUUCUCUUGUAACUUUACCAAAGUGCAGGUGUACCUCCUGUAAACAACCAUUUACUACAGGCACACUGGAUAGCACAGUUCUAAGGGUUGUGUUUUGUGUGGGUUUUUUUUUCCCUUGUUAGAAUGUUAACAUAUUGCAAGAAAAUAAAAUUCUGUAUGGAUGUUUUCUAAAGUUCCA